UGAAAGAUAAUUCAGUGUGGAAACAGAUAGUUUCAUAGAGCAUGUUGAAUGGUAAUAAAUUUGAUAAAAUAUUGAACUUUCUGUAAAUUUUAUUCCAAUUUUAUUCUUUCAUUUUCCUUCAUUUCUCCUUCAUUUUUUUUCGUCAAUUAGUAUUUUAAUAAGACAAAAAUACAACAAUCAUUGAAAGCGUUUAUUAAAUGUUGCCACAAGUUGACUCAAGUAGUAACAGCAAUGAGACCAGAAAGACCAAGGAAACUUGUAAACUUGAUGCUGAACAUUACACUUUAAUCCCUCCAAGAAAGUCGUUUGUGCUUACACAGAUAAUUGGUUAUAAAUGGAUUCCCUAGUUUAUCAACAUAUUGUUUUACCCAAUUACCAAUCAUCAUUAACUUUACCAUAUUUUUCAUCGCCACCAGCAACCAUAGUAAACUCGCUGUCAACUUUACCUCAACUUCAUCACCAUCUUCACCAACAGCAACAGCCGUCAUCACACCCUCACUAUCAACAUCCUCAUUCCAAUUCAGGUUCCCAUCAUCACCAUCAUCAUCAUCAUCCCUUUGCUCAUCAGCACAACAAUUUAUCAUCUUACCAUCAUUCAAGUUCACCCUACUUUUACAAUUCAACAUCUCUUUCACCUUUAACCAAAAUUCCAACCGAUUGUACCACUCUAUCAUCUUGUUCAUCAACAUCUUCCUCAACCGUCAAUUAUCGUGUUAAAUAUUCAAAUAAUUACACCAACAACACUCUCAACAUAAAAAACAUCAAAAACAUCAACAAUAGUAAUAACUCCAUUGACAACUCCCAUUCAACUAGUGAUAGCGAUAAUAAUAAUUCAACAGCCAAUACCAUUGAUAGUUCAAUUGAUGAACCUUGUAAACAAUCAGAUUCACCAUCAAUGAAUUUCAUCUCAACGGCAACAUCAACAGUUUCAACGUCAACUUCACCAUCAACAGUUAGUCCAACAAAAACUACAAAAUCAGUCAAAAUGAACCGUCCAAUUCAAGUGAAAUCCGACUCUGAAGGUCGUGGUGAGGAGAGAAAACUGUUUAUCGGAAUGUUGUCCAAGCAACAAUCGGAAGAUGAUGUGAGACAGUUGUUGCAAGCCUUUGGUACCAUUGAAGAGUGUACAAUACUUCGUGGUCAUGAUGGCCAGUCAAAGGGCUGUGCAUUUGUUAAAUUUUCAUCACACGGUGAAGCUCAAUCGGCCAUUGAUGCUCUCCAUGGAAGUCAAACAAUGCAUGGAGCUUCAUCUUCCCUUGUGGUUAAAUUUGCAGACACGGAAAAGGAAAGGCAGAUCCGUCGUAUGCAACAGCUUGCAGGUAACAUGGGCAUACUCAAUCCUUUCAUGGUAAACACUUUUGGCUCUUAUGGAGCAGCUUAUGCCCAACAUCAUCAAGCGCUUAUGGCAGCAGCAGCCGCUUCACAGGGUUACAUCAAUCCAAUGGCUGCUGCUGCUGUUUUAGCACCUCCUUUACCUCCUCAGUGCCAAAUACCAAAUGGAUUAGCGAGUCCAGCAACAUUAACUUCAUCAUCAGAUGGCUGUAUUGGUUUCAUUGGGAUUGGAGCAGGUAAUCCGGGUGGAAACCUGACCAAUGGAUCAAACAAUACCAAUGGAGCUUCUGGUCAUCACAGUCAUCCUCAUUCACAUGCUCCUCCAACAACAGCACCAAGUCCGCCAAACUUUCCGACUCACACUUGCAAUGGAUCUGCUGUUGCUGCUGCCGCAGUUGCAGCUGCAGCUGCCGCUGCUGGUGGCACCAAUGGUGGAGCUCAUACAGGUGACUCAGUGUUUACCAAUGGAUGUCUUUCUGGUUUAUUGCCACCUCCACCGCCUCCACCCACCUCAGUGGGAGCCAUUCCAAAUGGAGCUUCAGCUCCGGGAUCUGAUGGUCUAUCACCUGCUGCUGCUGCGGCUGUUGCUGCGGCUGCCGCUUAUUCCAGCCUUAAUCCUCACUCACCUUAUCCCGGGAUAGCGGCUUAUCCUUCAGCGGCAGCGGCUGCCUAUGCUGGCCAGUUUGCUCAAGUUCUAGCAGCACAACAAUCUGGUGGUUCCAUUGUUGCCUCUUCAGUGGCACAAAGGGAAGGACCCGAUGGAUGUAACUUGUUCAUUUACCAUCUUCCUCAAGAGUUUGGAGAUUCCGAGUUAAUGCAAAUGUUUCUUCCCUUUGGUAACGUUAUUUCAGCCAAAGUAUUCAUUGAUCGAGCCACAAAUCAAUCAAAAUGCUUUGGCUUUGUGAGCUUUGAUAACCCAGCCAGUGCCCAGAAUGCGAUACAAGCCAUGAAUGGUUUCCAGAUUGGUAUGAAACGCCUUAAGGUUCAACUGAAGCGACCAAAAGAUGCCAACAGGCCUUAUUAACCCGAGAUAAUGAAAGAAAGAGAAAGAAAGACAAAAGAACAAGAAAAAAGCGCAAGAAUCACGAGGAUCAAAAGCAACAAAACUGCGCAAUUGAUUGCGACUAAAAAUGUGACAACAAAAUUUUUGUACAAAAAGUCAAGAUUGCGCUCAAACAAAAGUCAAAACCCAAGAGUAUCGCUUCAAAAGAAGAAGCGCAAAGAUGCUCGACACUCAUUUAGGCCAAAAGAGUUAAGCACAGAGAAUGAACCUUCCAGGGUUGACAGAAAUUAUCAAGUAUAGCCUUUCUCCAUGAAUUAAUAUAUCAUUAUCUGCUCAGGUAAACACCGAAAUAGCUAAUACUUAACAAAACAAAUAAUCAAUAUUCCAAGUUUUCAAAAGAUUCUUUUCAUUUUGAAAACUUGAACUUUUUCCAUAAAAUUGACAAAAAAGGUGAAAAAGGUAAAAAAAAUUUCCCCAAAAAAAGCAAACAGCCAAACUUCACUUCACAACACAUUACACUUUCACUCAAACACCAGAAAACACUCACUGACACUAUUAAUCACGAGGAUCUGAAUGAAUAAUCAAAAGUAAAGGCAAGAAUGAAAAUUCAAGUAAUGUUCAUAAGAAAACAAAAUUCACCAAAACUCUUUUUUUCUGCUAAUUUUUCAGGCUUCCAUUGAAAGUUGAAGCAAAUAUCAAAUGGAUUUGAAAGAGAUCAACUUUAGAAGUGUUUACUCGAUCAACUUGAAUACUUACUGACUGACCAUUUAUCAAUCAAAGAGACACAAAAAGUAGCCAAAAGUGAAACACUUUAAGGUUGAAAUCUUUCGAACCCUCGAAACAAAAAUUAUUACAAUUAUUAUUGAUGCUAUUAUUAUUAUAAAAAUAUUUUACCAAUAAAUUUACAGUUUCAAUUGAAAAAGUUUUGUUGAUUAGGAAUGGAAGUAAAGCUUGAAUAGAGAAAGUCAUUUUUUUCAAUUGGCAUGACAAGAGAUGGAAAUCAUGAAAGUCCGUUGAAUAGAUAAAAAUAAUUUCUACUUCGUUCUCUUUUUGAAACACUUUUUUGGUCUCGAAUAAUGUUAUUUUGAAAAGAAAUAUUUGAAACCAAGUUGUUGAUUUUAACGCAAAAACAAAUGCUUCAUCAAAAUUGAUGAAUAUCCAUCAAUUGAGCACAUUUCCUGUUAUCAUUUUACUCAUGAAUUCAACUGAGAUGGAGAUUGCCUCCAAUAUUCAUCUUCAUCUUUGGCCAUCUUAUCGUCCUUUUUUGCCACUUCAUUUAUCAAGAAAACUCAACCUCAUCGAAACUUGUGAUGAACAUGAAGAGAACGUUCAUUUCGUUUCAAUUGAAAUUCACAUUCUUUCUCUUUCUUCUUCUCGCCAACCCUGGUCAUCAACAUCGCCACCAAAAGAAAACAAAUUAGAAACUAUUAUCAUUCUUGACUAUUCUCAACGUUUCGACAGAAAUCAAGAUAAAGCAACCAAAAAUUAAGUAAAUUUAUAUUCUUCAACUUUGUGAAUGGAAGACACAAAGACACACUUAACAUGGGAACAAUUUGAUUGUCCAAGCCAGGAAAUUCAAUGAAAUUACAAGAUAAACUUAAAUCACUUCAACAACCACUAUCAAUGUAACUUGUAUUGAUCAAACAAGCAACAAAAAUGAUACAAAAUAUUGAAAAAUUUCUCAUUAAAAGAAAUAUUAUCAAAGAUUCAA